CAUUCGAUUGGAGGGUCUUCUUCUCCUGGCCUGAGGGCUGCCCGGAGGGAGAGUGCCUCUGACCAUGCACAGAGAACCCUCUUCAGUUGUCCGCACAAUGGCCUGGUGGGGUGGCCGCGCCUGCCGGGAUGCGUGGCUGGCAGGGCUCCCUGCUCGGCCACCUGCUCGGCCCCAUGGCCCGGGGGGAUGCGGAAAGAAGCCCCCCCCCUUCCCAGCCGCGGUCCAGGAAAGCCUGCCGGCCCCUCCCCUCCCCUCCCGGCCAUGCCCAGGCCCAGCUCCUCUCUGCCCCUUCCUGGCACUCUCCGCCUCUCAUUUGCUGCCGGCCUCCGGGGAAAGCGGGUCGGCAGAGGGACGGCUCUCCUCCUCCGGGCCUGCGCCCUGCUUAGCGAGCCCUCUCCGGGCUGGAGGAUGCGGGCCGCCGGGCACCUCCUGGCCGCCGCCCUCCUCGGCUGCGCCCUUGGCCCCCAGCGGGCGCCGUCUUCUGACCCAGCGACGGGAGUGGUGCCCUUCGAGGAGGUCUGGAGCCGCAGCUACUGCCGGGCCCGGGAGACCCUGGUGGACGUGCUGAGCGAGUUCCCCCACCAGGCCGAGCACAUCUUCAAGCCGCCCUGCGUGCCCCUGCGGCGCUGCGCAGGCUGCUGCGGCGACGAGAGCUUGGAGUGCGCCCCGGUGGAGACCCGCCGCGUGGACCUGCAGGUGGUGCAGGUGAGCCCCACCCUGGGCACGACUCAAGAAGCGGAGCUGACCUUCCUGGAGCACACGCAAUGUGUGUGCAGGCCACGCCGAAAGCGCUUGAAAAAUGAGAGGCACCAUCGGAUAGGGGCCAAGAGGAGACCGCGGGAGCCGAGCCUGAUGCCUUCCACCCCUCUGUAUGUACUCCAUAUUGCAUUUGACAAUACACUGUUGCUCUCUGUUGCUCCCGGAUCUGUGUGCAGAAGUCCUGCACUGAAUGACUCAACAGGUGAAACCACCUUGGUUUAUCGAGGUCCAGCUGGCAGUGGCUCCCUGGCAGAGAAAGGAAUGGCCGGCACUGAACCUGGGACCUUCUACAUGCAAAGCAGAUGCAAAGUGCCCCCUGUGGAGAGGCCAGGAGACCAGAGUCAGAGCCCAGAGCAAGUGCUGGGCCCAAGUGCUGCGAGCACAGGCACCUGCAGUUGACCUUGGGAGACAAGCUGCCGCCGGAAGGAGGACCUCCUGGAAAGACUUGCGAGUGGAAAGGCGGCAGCUCCAGCUGCCAGGAGCAGCCGGUGGGCUGGCCUUGGGCUGCUGUUCUUGGCACCGCUGGGCUGUGGGCACGCUGGCUCCUUGUUACCCAGGUUUUUGCCGGAGAAUGUUGCUCCCUUCGUUUCCAUGGCAUAGAUAUUCAUUUCUUCUUCUCCUGAUGGCCCAAGAGGGCUUCGGUGUCUGCGCUGGGCUACUGCAAACAGAGGCCUCUUGCAACGCAUACCCCCCUCCCAGCCCUCUUCUUGCCUUGUUUAUGGCACGUAAUUCUUUCAUACUAAAUACGCUUGCCUACUCCAUGAACGUAUUGACCUGUGUGUGUGUGGGUGUUCACGCGCGAGAUGUCACCGUUGCAUUAAAUGGCAUUUAGCACAAUAUCAUCUGUUACCUUCCACGCCUGCUCUUUUUAAGAGUGUUCCAUCCUCUACGAGCAAAGAAGCCAGGAAGAGUCUCUGCUUCGUUUCUUAAUCAGAGACGGGAGGUGGCUGUGACCUGUCUGGAACCUCCCUGUAAUUCCUGAGGGAAAGGCACUUUGCACAAGUUCAGACAUUUCCUGCCCAUUAUGAAGGACUAUUUUGGCUUCUAUAUCUCUUCCUGUUUUACACUGAGGUCUCCAAAGAGGCCUUCCCAGUGUAUGACAUAAUUCUCCUCUCCCCUAUUUUAUCCUCACAACAACCCUAUUAGGUGGGUUAGGUUGAGAGUGUGUGACUGGCCCAUGGCAGAGUCAGGGUUUGAACCUGGUUCUCCCAGAUCCUGGUCUGACACUACACCACCAUGCUGGUUCUCUAUGUUGUCCAGCUAAAUAAGGAGAGUCUCUUCUCUUUCCUUGGUGCAGCAGGCUUGUGAGCUGCCAUACUUGAGUCUCUGGAGGGGGAAUGGUGUGGCCUCCACCACCCCCAACCUCCCUCCUGCCCACACCCAGCCCUCCAGCCACUAGGUCCUACCACCUAGUUAAGCGGGUCUCUCAAUUUUGUUCUUAAUUUCUUUUCUACAUAUAAUAGUAAUACAUUUUGUUAAUAAAAAACUGCCAGCUGACAUUCUGCGCAUGCUUACUUGAGAAUAAAACCUACUGGAAGCCCUCUAGCUAGCAGUGCAGGGCAGAACUUGGCUGAAAUCCAGAAAGAAGACUCAGAUGGAUUCAGGAAGGAGAUGACAGCCUGCCAGCCCCAGACAGGCAGGCCGUUCAGCAUGGCUCUUACUUUUAGUGUGAAGGCAAGAGGCAAGGAGCUGGGCUUGGUGGGCACUGCCCCCCUUGCCCCGGUGGACCAGCCGGCCCGGACAACGGAUGGACGGGCGGGCAGACACAGAUGCACCCCCCCAGGCGGCCUCUCUCUCUCUCUGUGUGUGAAGUCAGAGCAGGGGGCUUCCUGCUUUAAGCCAAGUCAGCAGCAGAGCGGGAUGGUGCGGGGGCAGCCUUCUUCCUGUGGGACAUCUGCUUGUUUCACACUAUGCUUCCUGCUGGUAGGGUCCCCAGAUGGCUUCCUAUUGGCCACUACCCCAGUAUGGGCAGGUGAGCGAGUGAUGGAGCAGAGGGGAAGGGGAGACAUUGGAGGUGAUUCACGAACGCCGGCUGGUGCUCUUGCCAGCUCAUGUACCCCAGAGGCCAGCCGCUCCUCUCCCAUGCACAAAAAUGCCAGACGUUUAUAUGUCUGGUAUUUUAAUUCCGUUUCCCCUGGGCAGUCCACAAAAAUAUUGGACUCUGCAGGUGAAAACUGGACACCUGUCAACUUUCCGGCUGGACUUUUCCUGGCUCAUCAGAGACCAAGAAAUCAUAAUUGGGACCCUCUGCGCUAGGGUUGCCAGCUCCAAGUUGGGAAAUUCCUGGAGAUUUGGGGGGGGUGAAGCCUGGAGAAGGCGGGGUUUGGGGAGGGAAGGGACCUCAGCGUGGCAUAAUUCCACAGAGUCCACCCUCCAAAGCAGCCAUUUUCUUUAGGGGGGCUGAUCUCUGUGGCCUGGAGAUCAGUUGAAAUUCUGGGAGAUCUCCAGCCACCACCUGGAGGCUGGCAACCCUACACUGCGCCCAUCAUGGGGUCUGAGGCAGCGGUGAUCCCAGUACAGAAUCCAGACCAAAUCCUGGCACAUCAUCAACCCCAUGAAAGCUGCCUGUGGACCAUCAUGGAAACCUUAUCAAGGAAACAUCACAGGUUUUAUUCAAAGUUAUCAGUCUGCAGACUUUCAGGUGCCACAGAACUCUUCCCCGACUGUCGCCCUCCCUGUCGUGAUCCUAGAGAAGAGGAUGUGUCCAUUUAUCAUCCCCCGGGCCUCUCAGGGGCCCUUUCGGGGCAUGGGGGCUUUCACGGCCGGAGAACGAUGGUUGUUGUGGGUUUUCCGGGCUGUAUUGCCGUGGUCUUGGCAUUGUAGUUCCUGAUGUUUUGCCAGCAGCUGUGGCUGGCAUCUUCAGAGGUGUGGCACCGAGAGACAUCUCUCAGUGUCAGUUUGACACGGCUUCUUCUCUCUCCUGCCUCAUUCACUCUCUCUACAAGAUGUAGUCAGAUAGCAAGGACUCUAUCCCUAUCUCUCCCUCUUCGCUAUCAAGUAUGUAUUUCCUCAAAUAAACUUUUUUGCCUCUUUAA